AUGCAAGGGGAAAGAAUCCUCAAAUCACUUCUAAACAGAGAGAUAGAUGGUCUUUAUAAGGAAACGAAGGUAAGUUGAUCAAACUUAGCUGUUUGCUAAAUUUAAGCUACUGAGAAAUUAUGGUCGCUUAAUAGAGGACACUUUGUAGCUCAGUUAGCGAAGAUACUUACGAUUUGUAAGGCUACUCACUUUCAAAAACGUUUUCUUGAAUAAAAAUUUAGUUCAUUUCAAAGAGAGCGUCUUGUUAGACUCUUCAAUAAAAUUGCAAGAAUCGCGCGGAUCUAGGUGAGCAGGUCAUAGAAAUGAGUGUCACUUGAAAGCGAACCUCAACCUAAUAAACUACACUUAUUUUAGGCGUCUUUUUUGCCAAAGCCUCUCAUUUUUCUUAACUCCAUAUUUUAAAUGGGGUAGCAUUCACCCUUGAUAUGUUGUUUUUAAUAUUGUUUGGUGGAACUUGCAGAAUUAUCUUGCUCCACUGCAAUGUCCGCUAAAGAACAAAAAUGGCUGCCAAGCAGGAGGCAAAGCUACAGAGGAAACUGUAUCAAAGUACGCCGUUUUUUGUACCAAGUUCCUAAGGUGUGCUAUAGAGACCUUGAAAAAUGUGAAAGCCAAGGGAAAUGACCUUAUUGAGGUCACAGAUGCCUUGAAACUAGGUAAGAUGAAGCAUGUGAACAUCUUUAGUUGUUGUUUGGGAGUAAGGUCUUUUCUGAGUUCCUAAAAUAAGCUUAAUGCUUACUCUUAAAAUGGGACCAGCUUCAAAACCUUACUAAUGAAAAGGAGUUUUAUUUAUAACACACACACACACACACACACACUUAACACACAUACUUUAUUAUUAUUAAUAAUCUACAUUUACAUAAAGUCCAUUUCCGCCCGCAAAUAGCAGGUGCUAGUCGAGGCAGGCUGAGAUAAUAGGUACAGCAGUCAGUAAUAAAUUACAAAUAAAAAGAUCAAUAAAUAAAUAAAUAGAUAUAUAUAAACGAAAUAAAGCUUAAACAUAAAUUAAAAACAUUUACAAAAUCACCUACUUGAAACUCGAAAAAUUAACUGCAACACUAAAUUAAGAUAUGUAUACUUUAUAAAUUAAACUCUGUAUUUGCUCGAUAGUUAGCUAUUUUUUAAAGCAGAAUGGGCGAUUCAACAUAACUGUCCUCGGCCUCUAAUAACAAAAAUAGCAUGUCAUUGAUAUGUUUUUUGAAAGCUCUCUUGGGGAGGUGACGAAGUUCAUCGCAUAUUGAGUUCCAAAGCUUAGCUCCGAACCUAGCAAAAGAACCAUGGUUUUGAUUCAGUCUCGAUCGGUUGAUAUAAAAAUUGCAGGAGGAGGAGAACCUGGUCUCGUGAUUAUGCUUUUCAUUAGCUUUAAUGAAAAGAUUACUAAUGUUAGUAGGAACAGUUAGACGAGACGUCGAACAUUAUUGAGGAAACUGUUUCAACGUAUAACAUAUUUAAAGGAAGGAUUUUUGAGGAGGUAAAUAAAGGCACCGCAUGUGCUCUGGGUUCAGAAAAAUACAUCAACCGAAGGACACGUUUUUGUAGCACGAGGAUUUUUUGUAAAUGGCAUUUAGCAGCUUGACCCCAAGCAGCCAAGCCAUAGGAUAGGUAGGGUAGUAUCAAAGAGUGAUAAAUACUUAAGGUCUCGGUAAAGGAAAACGAGGUGCCCACAGAAAAAUAUUCUAGUCGCGCGAGUAUUUUCGCUACAAAGGCAAGUUAUAUAUCAAAUUAAAGCUAAAAGACUAAAUUACCUUAUGAAAGAUUUUAUUUCAUCGAAUUUCAAAAGGCGCUUAAGUUUUUUGCUCUCGAACUCAGAGGUAUCGAGUUUACUGCUGAAGCUCCAGCCCUUUCGCGUUGUUAAAUAUUCACUUCCUUUUUAUUACAUCUGAUUGACAGAUAAAAGACCUAAAAAAGGGUGUGAGGAAAUUUGCAUAUGUCUCGUAUUAGCGGAAUUAUUGCAUUUCAAACUAAAAAGUCGAAUCGCGAACGCGAUUUACGCAAAGAAACUGGCAUAAAAUGAGUUACAAAGGGAAAUCGGAAAAAUCCUCACACCCUUUUUGAGUCUAUAUCAUUAUCCAUCAUAUCUGAAAGUUUCAAAGCGAUAGCUUAAAACCUGUCCCGACUGGAGGUCGGAGAAUUUUGAUUUUUGCGUCUAAAAUAGAGUGAGAGAAAAUCAGCUCUAAAGAUUUAGCGCGAGGUCCACGCUUGGCUGGUUAGCUCAGAAAAGGCUCAUUUUAGAAGGGUUAAAAAGCACUUUCUGAUUUUCUUUUUCUUCCAAAAUAAAAUUUAGGACCCACUCAUGCCAAAAAUCCCAAAAAAACAAAAUCGAGCAAUGUACUAAAAUUUUCAUUUACCGAGACCUUAAUAGUGUGGUAAAAGGGACGAAGUGCUGAAGACAGGCAAUAACUCCAAUAAUUCUACCUAUUUUUAGUGCUGCAUUGUCAAUGUGGUAUUUCCAGCUCAAAUGGCUAUCCAGUAAGACACCCAGAUAUUUUACAUGAUCCUUACACUCAAGGGAAGUAAGAAUGUGAUUACUAUUAUCAAACAUUAGAAUAUUGACCAAAUGGUCCAUCUUACGUUGGUGAGGACGAAAGUUAACAAAGGUUGAUUUUUUAGCGUUUAAUGUUAGCUUAUUUGCAUUGAGCCAAUCCUAGACUCUGACCAGUUCUUUAUCGACCAUUUUUUCAAGAGAAUUAAGAUUUUUGUCGGCAUUCAACAACUUUGUGUCAUCUGCAAAAAGGUAAAACGAAAAUUUCACUUAAGAAUAAAACUUUACAACCUACUUAUGGUAUGGGACUCCCAGGUACACACAACACAUUUCACAGUGGAAAGAAAUAGCAUUUUCAACAUGGUGUGAGCAGGGCACAACAAAGUGCUAUCUGACAAUCCAGAGCCAUUGAGGCUUAAAUAUGGGUCAAAUAUAAGUUGUCCUAUAAGCACACCACAUUUGCUUUUAGUGUGAGAUUAACAGAGGGCUAUAAAGUUACAUGUAAACUUGCAAAUUGUUUUGUUCAUGUUUCAGUGGGGACACUUCUCAACAACACUUUAUCACUCCAUCAUGGAAACUACCUGAAGUUUAUUCCCUCAGUAGAUCAGCUUGCUAAAACACUUUACCUUAUUGUUGCUCAGCUUAUUGCCAAGGCACAGUUUGAAAGGGCUCUGGAUCAUGCUAAUGACCUAUAUAAAUUCAUCCAGAUUCUUAAGGCAUGGAAGAGCUAUUACAGUGAAAAGAUGGAGAAGGAAAUUGGAUCACUUUGUCUACGUUCAUCUGAUUUGUUACUUCAAGGAGCUGGGAAGCUUGAGGAGGCAAAAGUACCUCCGGGGGAAAGACCAUCUCACUUGUGUGUUGUGUUAGACUGGAGAAAGCUCUCAUUGCUUUUUCAAGCAGAAGCAAAUGUACAUUGUUCGCUAAAAUCCUUAGUGGAUAGAACUCUGAAAUGUGGGACAAAAUUUCAAGUGGAUUGUGGGCUCAAGAAUGUUGAUUUUAAAACCUUAGCAAGCUUCUUUGAAACCAUUUUUAGUGCACUCAUGAACAAGCAAGAACAACUGAUUGCAAAUGGACAAGAAUUUACAGUAAUCUUAGCUGAACUUGGAUUUCAUUACGGCAGGAUUUGUAAUAAGGCUGGAAACUCAGUAGAAGCUUUGGCUGUGUUCGAUAACCUGUUGAAAAUUGCAGGAAUUGAAAACCAUUGCAAAAAUGGGCAUUUUAAACUACAAAUACCUUCACAAGUUUGUUGCUGUGUGUGUUUAGUCUGCAAGGCAGCUAUUUUGUUGAACUCUACUAUAAAAUCUCAAACUCAAGAAUCUCUUCAGCAGAUGUUAUUCGAAAGUAACCGGCUAAUCUCCCAGAUCCUGAAGUGUAGCACAUUACCUUCACCAAUGUUAAAACUACUUUCAGACUCCCUGGAGUACUUCAGAAUUAAUUUGCAAAAUGAAAGUAGCAAAAAGAGUAAGGAAAAAUCACCCACUCUUUCAUUGAAGACUCUCCAAGGAACAGUACAAGUGCUGCAGUCUUACAUCUCAGUCUUAUCUUUGCAGUGUGAGCGGCUUAAGUCAGAGCUGCUUAAAUCCAAACAUGACAAUAUCGUGGCACAGCUAAAACAACAGCUUCUAAAGAUCACAGAACGGCAAAUGACAGUAUUUAGUUUUGUUAUUUCUUCAUAUCAAGAUCAGUUGAAGAAUGAAAAAGGUGCAAAAAGUACAAUCAGGGAUUCAAGGUCAGUAGUAUCACAAAACAUUUAAAACAGUUAACUACAGUGUACACACUGUAGUUUAAGAAAAGGAUUGUAUUGUGUUUUUAUUUCUCUUUGUUUGGGGGCAUGUUAAUAGAUGAAAAUGAGUGAAAAACAAAGGGAAACAGUGUGCAAAGAAAGUAGCAUCUGAUAGCCCAGGGCUUGUGGAUUUUGCCAUCAGGAUAGUGAAUUCUGUUCUUAACUUGCCCGAUGGGCAAGUGAAGUAUGUUGAGGAAUUCAACUUACAGAAGAACUGUGAAAUCAAUUCUGCUCAUCAAAAAAUUUGGGGGGCUAGUUGAAAUGACGUUUGGGCUAAUAAAUGCUAGCUUCAGCUUGCCCGAAUAACAAGCUGUAAAAAUGACUUUCCUUGCACCCUGGGACAUACAAUUUAAACCAAGGACAAAUGUGAACCAUAACAUAUAAUGUGUAACACUGGUCAAACUUUUAUUGCAUAUCCAUGCAGUAUCCUAAACUCUUGCCAAUCAGCCUACCAAUUCUUGAAACAAAAUUACAAAAUAAUAUCUCUAGAAUUUGUCUUUGUGUUACACACAAAUGGGGAUGUACACUGUAGGCAAUAUCUCUGACAAGAUGGCAUUUUGGGGAAGAUGUACCGUAUGUAGUCUGGGUGUGGGAAGGUCCAAAGAGACUGAGAGAAAUCUAGUAAGAAUAUCUAUAAAGAAUAGGGGAAUGAACGAAUGUACAGCUGUUGGUGGACGCUUACAGCCUGCACAAAGAACUACAGAGUCGAACAUUUUUGGGUGUCAAUCUUGAGAGAGUUUACUGUGCUGUUAAUGUUAACACAUUCUUUAUUUACACUAUGCAGAUGUCAGAUCUUUAAGGACUGUAUUCCAGUAGUGGAACAAGCAAACUCUGUUAUUCAUUCUGCCCUUGAUGAUCCAGACAUCCCAUUGUCUCCAAACGAGCUCCGCUGGCUAGGCUGCAAUGUGUACAAUUUGGGCUGUGUGUCAUAUCAGAGAGAUUGCUUUACUGAAGGAGUUCCUCUGUUAGCUAUUGCUUGUGAAGAGCUGAGAGUAUGGUGCUUUGCUAGCAAGACUGAUGAGAAAAUUCUUACCAGGAUUGUGGAGGUAAUACAUUUAUGGCCUUAAGCCUUGUAAUUUUUCAAACAUACUGUGUGGCAUGAAAUGUUUGCGGAAGUUUGCAAUUUUUGUGUUUUGCGGGAACAAAUUUUGCAAUUCGGAGAGAUUGUUUUUUCUUGCUGGGAAUUGAUUUUUGUGAUUUCAGAAAGUCUCAGACCAGUCAUUGUUAAUAUUUUCCUUUGAAGAAAGUUUCAAACAAUGCUAAAGUUUGUGUAUCCUACACCGUAUGUUUAACCAGUGUAACAGAUGACUUUUCUUUGUCAUUCGAUUACAGUAACAUCGGGGAUGACUGAUUGUUCUCAGGAUCGAUUGGAAGAAUUUAAGUUGGAAAAUAUUUACAGUGGAGAAAUUUUUUGCAGGAAAAAUGUGUGCUGGAAAAAUCACAAAAAUUAUAACCCGCAAAAAUUUUGUGCCAUAAGGUAAAUGAUGUACCAUUUUGAUAAGCCCCAAUAGUGAUUAUUACCAAAUUUGUCCUUAUAAUACUAGUGCUCAUCAAUCAUUGUUUUAAUAUUGGGUAUUAAAUACUUGCGAUUCUUCUUCUUUUUUGCAAUGUGCAUAAAAUGCCUCAUCAAUGAUUUUCUCUUUUUCUGAGAAAUGGAAGCAAACACUUGUGAUGUUAACCCACUAGACGGGUCUCACAGUAAUCUGUCCUGUCAUACCAUCAUUAAAGUAAUAGUUCUGAUUUCUUUUAGGUGAAGCUCUUAACAAAAUUUGCACUGCUGACUGACUGUCAGCGACGAGCCAAACAGAUGGGUGGUGCACUGACAACAGCUACCACUCAGGUUUUCAUGGCACUUCAAACUGAUUCUGAUGCAAAUGUCUUGAGGCAGCAGAUCAAACAAUGGACCACAGUGAAACAUGAACUGGUGAAAAGUAUGCAAGAUGAAAAGAAACAAGCUGAAAGAUCAAGGUUUGUCAUGAAUUUUCGUUAAAAAAUUACUUUUGAUUAAAACAACACACGCACCACUGGUUGAGAAUACAUGAAUAUGUCAUAUUUUAUUACAACUGCAUGAAUACUUCAGUGAGGUGCUCUUUUCUAAAAAGUAUGAGAUUCUGUUAGUCCAAAUACGUCAUGUGAUGUCUUACCUGUGUUUCUAUUUUUCUCUGUUUACCAUAGAACCCUGUGCAGUGUUUUAGCAGAACAGAAAGAUGCUGAGGAUAUUAACAGCAGUCAGCUUUGUUUAGUUCUUCAGGAAGAGCUUGCUUCUUACAAGGCAAAGAAGUAAGUUCUCAAAAAGACAGAUAUCACAAGGUUUCUGGACUUGUCGCAGAAACAGGGAAAGAGUUCCUCAUUUUCAUUGUCCAUUUAGCUCUUUUAUUACCAUACAAUAUAGUAUGAACAAGAUCCUGGAAAGAAAUAAAUACAGUUAAACUGGGAAAACCAUGAACACCAGAAAUAUUUCUGGAAUGCUAUUGUCUUGCAAGAGAAAAGCCAAUCAGGCAUGAGAAAACUAAACCGCAAGCAAGAACGUUAGUUAGUUUAAUUGUGGUUUCGUGGCCAGUUCACGUGUCCUGAUCUUUGCUGUGAUUAGUCAUAACACAAUUAACAUUCUUGAGAUAUUUCAAGUCUUCACGGUUUUCCCGGUCGCACUGUAAGCUCAUGUGAAAGUACAGUGUACAUACAGUGCAUGUAUUGCUGUCAGGACUGUCACUAAGAAAUAGGGACCAGGGAUUUCCGCCAGCGACUGUGAGUGUGAGCCCCAACUACUCUCAUAGGAAACAAAAGUAAAAUACAUUAUGUAGAACCAAAAGAACUUCCUAGCUGUACAAUUCCCCUCCUAGUAAUUACAUAUCAAUGCUGCAUUCUGAUUGGUUGAGCUACUACUUGGCUUUAUGUUAUAGCCCACUAGUACCGAAAAGCACGGGCUAUUUGGUGGCAAGAAAGGAUUAAGUCUAGCUUUAACUAGCUAAAAUUUUUUUAUUCUCGACAUUUUUGACCAACUAUAGUUGGGUAUUUAACAAUUAUUCCUCUGGCCCUCAUGGCCUCUGAGUCAAUAGCUCAUUCGGCCUUCGGUCUCAUGGGCUAUUGACUCAAAGCCCAUUCGGGCUCGAGGAAUAAUUGUUAAAUACCCAACAACUUUACAUGUAUGCAGAUCAUGAGGUUCCUACAAAAGUUCUCUUUUAUUUCACUUACAGUACUCAGUCUCCCAAAAAUGUUUUGUCCUUUAUACAUGUGUAUUCAAUUAUCAUUUGAGGGGUUGAUUUGAACCCAGGAGUCGCUUCAUAAGUGCGUACAAUAAUUAUGAUCGUCGGGGAGAGUGUUGUCCUGAAUAUAAUGACUGUUGCUGACUCCGACAAAAAUGAUUUUGGGUUAUCCUUUAUCCCAAUUCUGUUUUGAACCACUCUGGCCAAUUGAUAUUGUACACCUUUAAGUGGUCUAUUUUUUCUCUUACUUCCAGUUAUGACACCACAAUGGAGCAAAUUUCUGUCAUCAGACAGCUUAUGGAGCUGUACAUUAUCCAAGAUGAUGAGUUUCAUUAUGGUUCAGUGAUGCUUGAGCUUGGUGUGGCACUGCAUGGCCUUGGAGACAAAGAUCUUGAGGAGGAGAAGUGAGUCUAAAGCUUAUGUGUGUUCUGGAUUAGUAUGUGGCAUUUUGUCUUACAUUUAGGUAAAUGACUUUGGAAUAGCAAAAAUACAUUAACAUCAAACAUGCUCUUGUUUGAUCACAGAGUGUAACUUGAGGUAAAGGUAAAGGGACAUUCAGCCAGCUGUUUUGUUACAAUGUCAUUCAGGGUUAUACGGCCCAUUAUGAAGCCAGUCGCUUUAGUAUUAUUGUAAGACUGUUUUUAUAGGCAAAGACAUUUUUUGAAAAGAGAUUUUUCUUCACUUGAACUUUACACAGUACAGACUGAACACAAGUGACGCAUUGUGGUACCCAUUCCCUGUGGAUUCCAUGCUCUUGUGAUAAUUAAUGAUGAAGUGUCAUCAGGGUUGUUGAAGGGGAGAAGGAUGUUUCAUGGUUCAUAUCUCUAAUUGGGCAACACCCCAAUCCCCAGCCAGCCCUCAACAAUAGCCCUAAACAUUGUAAUAUUCUUUGCUCUAGGUCUGCACUUGAGUGCUGUCAAGAAGCAGCUGCAAUUCUGGAGCGGCUGGCGGACACAGCAGCUAACACAGAUGAGGACAAAAAUCACCUGUCACUUGUGCAGGACAGACUUGCUGCAGCAUAUUUAUGGCAGGCAUUGUUAGAGCACAAAGCAACAAUGGAAGACAAACUACGAGUGGAAUCACCCAAGGAGCUCAGUGAAAGUUAUGACAGAGAAGAGGUACUUGUACAUAAUUUUUCUUUUUCUUCAGUGGGUAUGUAAAUCAGGCCCCAGUUGUUUAAAAGGUGGAUAGUGCUAUCCACUGGAUAAAUCACUAUCCUGUGGAUAGCGCAAUUGCUUGUUAUUGCAUCUGCUGGAUAGUGAUUCAUCCGGUGAACAGCCCUAUCCAACAUUUGAACAACCAGGGCCAGAAAUAUAUGGGAAUGGGCUGGGGGUGGUCAGGUGUGAUAAAGUGUACCCCUUGCUCCCUUUGCUUAUAGUCAUAUUUCCUUUUGUAAUUACAUAAUGAACUUGUUCCUAUAUAAUUUUACUUCUCUUUUUAGGUCGAAGGCAUAUGUCUGGAGCAGCCAUUUAUGUCAUCCCUUCAUUCAGCAUUGGAAACGUGGACAGUGUUAGCAAAUAGAUCAGUGCAAGAAGGGAAAGACAGAAAGGUAGAGUUUGGGCAUUAUGCAGUUUGUGUUUUUUAUGAUUCAUGUCUACUGGGUCAGAGGCAAGAAAAGAGAGCACUUCUUUUUUUCUCAUCCCGUAAAACUUACUCACAGGUUAAAACAUGAAAAGUUUGGAAACUUGAUUAGUCUGCAUAAAUACUGUAGAUUACAUUUAUUUAAGCAAUAUCUGUUGUUCUUUUUGCAGAUUGACUUGCAACACUUUGUUAACCCUGAGGAAACUUGCCAUUACCUUCUGAUUAUUGCUGGAAUGUUUGGACUUGUCAACCAGGUAAACUGAAAGGAAAUAGAAGGCUGUUUCUGGGGACUGUCUCAUGGAACAAUAACUGACACACGCUGUGUUAGGUUCUUUCUGCUGAUGAGUUCUAAAAGAACAACAAUAACAGUGUAGUAUGUUAAAAAAGCAGUGCUCAUCAAAAAAAUCAAAACAUGUUUUCAAUGAAAAGACUAUAAUUAUAAAUACAAGUUAAUCUCAAGAUUAAAUAACUUUCUAAAAUUAGUUGCUGAGGAUGAAAGGAAUCGUAUCAACAUCUGAAAAUCAUGCAUUAUCUACUUCAGUGACUUGCAGCGUCCCUUGGGAAACUACUUUAUAUCUUAAUGUGUCCUUCAGGAGUUUGAAAUAAUCUGGAGACAAAAUAUGCAAUUGUGCUUCAAAUAAAUAAACCCUCUGGGUGCUUACAGUAGGAGAAGGAUUUACGGUAAACUGUUUUCCUUGCAACCAUUCAUUGAGUAAUUUUUAACUUUUUACAGCCAUUCAAGAAGGUGUGUGCUCUUCAUCUUGCUGCUACCAUUGCCCAAACAAUCAGCACUAACAGUAUGCUGGAUAAUAGAAUAUCUGCCUGUAGUGAAGCAGUUCAUACUCUGUGUGAUCUACUGGACAUUUCUCAUGCCAGUCUUCUGCUGCAUCAGACCAGUGAUGUGUUGGAAACCCUUAAACCAAGUGGUUCAGUUAUGGUCCAGUUUCUGUUGGCAAAGGGUCACUAUCUGUUAGUCGCAGGAAAGGUGAGCUAAUAGACCUUUUUACCGAUACGGCGGCCAUAUUGAAUUAAUUCGAUUUAAGGAGUAUUAUAGGAUGUUCAGGGGGCAUGAGCACAUUUUGUUUGUAUUUUUGAGCGCUUUUCGGGGCAUUUUUUCGGGAAUUUUUCUUAGAAUAAGAUUGUAAUGGGAAAAAAGAUCCCUGCACAUGCCGUGUUUGGAUGUAAUAAUGAUCGCCUUUUUCCCGAGAAAUAUAUAGUCAAAGACCAUAUUUCUAAUACUAAACUAGAAAAAGGCGAUCAUUAUUACAUCCAAACAUGGCACAAGGAUCUUCUCUCCCAUUACAAUCUUAUCCUAAGAAAACUUGAAGAACAAAUGUCCCAAAAAGCGCUCAAGAAUACAAACGAAAUGUGCUCAAGCCCCCUGGCAUCCUAUAAUACUCCUUAAAUCGAAUUAAUUGACAAUAUGGCUGCUCUUUCGGUAAAAAGGUCUAUUGUUCCAGAAUCAUUUUUUUGCUUCAUUCCUUUAAGCACGAGGGAUAAUGAAUACUUUUAAAAACUGAAUCAUAUUGGCUUAGCCAUCAUGGUAUAUGAGCUAUAUACCAUGCUCUCCAAAUAAGGUAACUGUGCAGUUGUAUACGUCUGCUCAAAAUUAAAAACUAGCUGAAAAUUGGUUGUUUUUACAAAUAGAACCGGAAAGAAUUCUCAACAUUUUGUGGGCAUUUUUAAUAAAACAAUUAUUCCACUUGCGAAUGUUAGAUAAGAGAUGAUUAAAAUAGAAGGACAAAUUUUUAGUUUUAGUAUACUAUAAUACAGAGCUUCUGAGUCAGUGUCUUCAGAUUAACUGCCUGGUUACAUAAAGGCCCAAACAUUUUCAAUUUAGGAUUCAUUGGUUCUGGACUGGGACUCAUGAUUUUUCACAAGAUGAGUCCCAGGACUCACCAUAACUAUUUGUAACAAAAUCCCUGUGCUCCAUAUAGGUACCCUGGAUUUCACAUGUUCAGAUCAUUGAGUUUCUGUCAAUGUUUUCGCAGAGCACAGCCUUGGCUACCAGUCCCUGCCUCUAAGAGUGUAACCUCACAUUUAUCAGUAUCUGAGUGACUGUUUGUUUUCCUCUAAACUAAACAUAAUUAUCUGUUACUGUGUUUAGUACUCAGAGGGAGAGCAGUGUUUAAUGGAAGUGUUACAGAGUGAUGCUUUGACUCGAAGAGCUACAAGUCCCACUUACUGAAGGCCAGAUUAAUGUCUUUGUGUGCGAAAUACUCCAUGCUCCCAGCUAAACUCCACAAAUUCAGCAUUACUUUGGGUGAGUUGAAAACUCAAUUUAAUAAUUUACCAGUAAUAUGUUGUUUUAGUAUUCUAGUAAUAUGUACAUUGUAUAUUCUAGUUAGACCAACAUCACAAUGAGCAUUAUGUACCAACGGUUUAUUUCUCUGACAAAAUCAAAUCUAAAGUUUUGCAUCUUAUGAAUCCUGGGCCAAAAGUAUAGUCAUGGGUAAAAUUACAUCACGAUUUUUUUAGGUUUUAUGAUCUCUGCAUUUCUUUGCUUGUGGAUCCAAAGAAAGACCAGGAUUUCCUGUAAAAAUAUGAGGCCAACCAUCUCACCACCUCAGAUUCUGCAAGUACCGCUGGAAUACUCGAGAAUCCAUUCUUUUGAAGAAAUUUAUUUGGCUGAGAAAAGUAAAAAAGCAUUGAUAGUUCUCAAAACAUAUAUUUGCUUUAAUUUACGGUUCGGCAGUUGACAGUUUUUGAUCUUGGCAUCUUUGAUGUCUAGCAUUGGAAAAGGUGGCUGUCUGACAUCCAAACCAUCAACUGUCAAAGGAAAUCUUUUUGAGAUUUUUUAAUUUCCCAACAUUCCCCUAAGAAAUCCAAAAAUCUGAGAUCACUUAUCUAAUUUUGGACCCCUGCAUGGAAAUGUACCAAACUUGUCAUUGUGUGGUUACAUGUAACAGAGGAACGAAUAAUGUCCUGAACACUGAAUUUAGUAAGGUGUCCAUUAAGGGAAUAUUGGGUACGUUGCUUUGGGAUGAUCAGGAUCAGUGAUCCGAGAUCACUCCGAUCAUUGAAGAUCAAAUGAACUGAUGAAUCCUUGUUCAGAGUGGAUUCAUCAGUUCAUUUGAUCUACUAUGAUCCGAGUGAUCUCAGAUCACUAAUCCUGAUCCGGAUCAUCGCAAAGGAAUGCACCCAUUGACUCUAUCAUGAAUGAUCUUGCUCUUUUGUGAAGAUCCUGUUGUUGGUUCACUUACUGCUUUGGAAUGUGCUCUUGAUGGAUUUCACAAGUUAAGCCACAUGGCUGAGGAGGUGUUUGGAGAGGAUGUGUUCAGCAGUGGGCGAAAGAAGGGCAAACAGAAUAAAAAUGUGUCAGGUAAAAAGAUGACCCUUUUCUUUUAUAAUAUUAGCCUGCAAUUAUUACCUCUCAGGACAUGUCACUGAAUAGCUUGUCAGACAUGUUUGUUUUUUGUGCCUGCUGUUCCCCUCUCUUCAUUCAGCAACAGUUAUUUUCCUUUCCCAAAACACUGUAUUAUUGAAUGAGCAAAAAGUGAAGCUCUGCCUCCUACUUUGCCUUGAUUUUGAGUUAAAUGCUUACAAGGAUAUCAAACUGCAACCUACAACUUUACAGUUGGACCACCAUUCGUUCACCAAAACGUAACAACAGCAAAAGAGUGCUUAUGUUUAAAGACGUCUCAAACUUAAAUGGAUCAAGUUCUAGCUACAUGAUUUUUUUUCCAAGUGGAAGUGAAUUUUUCCCUGUUCUUUUUCAUCUUCUAUUCACGUGUGUGAUUUAUUUGUUACAAUUAUGUUCAUUUCUUUAUCAUCAACAACACUAACUUACAACACUUUCAAGUACUUUAUUUUGUUUGAAUUUCUACAGCCGAGGGUCCUCUUAUUCUACCAAGUGUCAAUCAAAGCCUUUUCCAGAUGUCACUCCUGAAUGAGCUUCUGUCUUCAUUACUACAAGUUGGCCAGUUAUAUGCCCAACAGGGUGCUGUAAGAGAGGCAUUCAGGCAGUUUGUAGAUGGUCUAACUUUGGCAAGACACUUUGCUCUACCUUACAGGUAUUCAUUAUAAUGCUUUUCUUUAACUAGCCUCGUUUAGGAUUGUAGUAGUCAGCCAUAAUUAUCUCGCACUUUUUUGUUCAUUUUCAGCAGUACUGUAAUGCUAUGUUAGUUCCUAGGCAGUAAAAUGAAUUCAUUUUGUUGGUUUUUGAAAGACGUGAUUUUGUUACCUCUGCAUCCUGCGUCCCUGAUGCAUAAAAAUCCCCAAAGACCAAAAUAAUUCAUGAAAUGUGUCCUGUAGGACUCAAAGAACGAUCGAUCGAUUUGAAGAUGAUUUUUUGGUACAAUAUCCUGUUCGUGGGAUUUCUGUGGCUGUUGUUUAAAGAUGCAUAUUUAUUUUAGUCUUUUUUGGUGCUUUAAAUAUAUAGAAGGACUGAAUUUUAAUUUCAGUAAAAUGUAAUACUAAAGAUGUUUGGCGUCUGUUUCCGGAUUAAUUGCUGGUUACAUAAAGGCCAAAACAUUUUUAAUUUAGGACUCCUUUUUAGACUCAAGGACUCAUGAUUUUUCGCAAGAUGAGUCCCAGAACUCACCAUAACCAUUUUUCAUAAUGUAAUUGUAAGGUUGCAGCAUGGAAGUAGCUAAAAUGAACGCCAUUGUUACCGGUGACGUCUAUGUAGCAAAAGAAUAAUUACUGGCCAUUAUAUCCUAUUUUCAUUUUGCCUGGGAGAUAAACAUUUUCCGCAAACUACGUAAGGGAAUAUAACAUUGCCUCCUAUAUUCGACCUGAUUGCAUGUUGAUAGAACAUAUAAUUCUUCUCCUUUAGGAUUGCAGAAUUUCUCAUUAACAUUGCUCAGUUGGAACUCACACAAGGCAAGCGUGAUAAGUGUGAAAGUCGUCUUGAGCAGCUCAGUGGACUCCUUCAACCAGUUUUGAAACCUUCCAGCCAAUCCAAGCUUUCCAAAAAUGAAAUUCAAGAACCUCUGCUUCUUGGUCAUCCAGAGACAUGCGAAUGUGUAAACUGUAUUGAUACAACAUUUCACAACAUACUGAUUAGGUACUCUUUGAGUGUUGCCAAAUAUCUCGUGUAUGUUUCAAGACCCGAGCAAUCGGGGGAGGCUUUAGAACUGGUGCAGUCAGUGUGUUAG